UCACUCAUUCGCCGGCCGACGACGUCGUCGGGUUGGCGGGCGUUGUGCUGCGCGGCACGCGGUCCUCUAGAACACGAUUUAGCACGGAAGGUCGUAACUGAGAUCGCUUGCCGUUACUGCCGUAACUACGCUGUGCAUUUGUGGCGCGCACCGUCCCAACAAUCGUGACGGUUAACGCCUGGAUCACCCCGUUGUAGCUCUCGACCGGCCGUCAACCUAUCGUCAAAGGAGAACCUUCCCACUCGGCGAAGCGGGCGUUAAAAAGAGAAGAAAAGAAUGGCCGUGGCAGCAGUAUCUUGGGAACUUUACGAAAUGUUUGAAGCGUUCCUCCGGGCCCCCGCAUAUCAUUUGGCCCUGGAAGCCCUCUUGUUCGUGUGGGUCCUCUGGUUGCUGCUGCGUAAGAGCACGCCCGCUGAUGCCGGGAAGUCGAGGCUCACUGAGAAGGAAAAGGAGGAGCUCAUUGCUGAAUGGCAGCCAGAGCCCCUGGUAUCCAGCACCCCACCUACUGAUUAUGUGCUUAACCCAAGGAUAAUCACCAGCAAAGUUGGCCGGACGGUGGUGGUGGACGGUCGGUCGUGCCUCAACCUGGCCAGUCACAACUACCUGGGCCUAACCGAGCUGGAGGGCACCCAGGAGGCUGCCAUUGGCGGCCUGAGGCGAUACGGCGUUGGCUCGUGCGGACCCCGAGGGUUCUUUGGCACUGUUGACAUUCACCUGGAGCUGGAGAGCCGCCUGGCCGAAUUCAUGGGUGUCGAGGAAGCGUGCCUCUACUCGUACGGCUUUUCGACCAUCUCGAGCGCCAUCCCGUCCUACGCCAAGCAGGGAGACAUCAUAUUUGCGGACGAAGAGGUGAACUACGCCAUCCAGAUGGGCCUGCUGGCGUCGCGCAGCACGAUCUACUACUUCCGCCACAACGAUGUGGGCGACCUCGAACGUCUGCUUCUGGAGCAGCAGGAGCGGGACGUGGCCGACCCCAAGAAGGCGAGUGUGACACGCCGCUUCCUCGUCGUCGAAGGCAUCUACGCCAGCACGGGCGACAUCUGCCCUCUGCCGGAGCUGGUGAAGCUGCGCCGGCGCUUCGAGCUGCGGCUCUUCCUCGACGAGACCUGCUCGUUUGCCGUGCUGGGCCGUACGGGGCGUGGCGUGCGCGAGCACUUCGACGUCCCCAACAACGAGAUUGACCUGAUGUGUGCCACUCUGGAGCACGCCGUGGGCUCCUACGGUGGCUUCUGCUGCGGCACUAGCUUUGUUGUCGACCAUCAGCGUCUGUCUGGCCUUGGAUACUGUUUCUCAGCAUCCCUGCCACCCCUGCAGGCAUCCGUCUCCCUACAGGCCAUCAAUCACCUGGCAUCUCAUCCAGAGUUACUGAGCCGGCUGAGGCAGAACUGCCUGCGAGUUCACGAAAAGUUGGCUGGUAUUGCACAGUUGCGCCUAGGUGGCAAUGCUGAAUCACCUGUCAAGCACCUGUACGUCGCUGGCAGCCGCCCGAAGGACGAGUGUGCGCAACUUCUCGACAAUAUUGUUCAUAAGGCGUGGGAGGCAGGCGUAGCGCUGACCCGUGCCCGGUACCUCGAAGACCGGGAGCACAGUCCCAAAGAGGCGAGCAUUCGCAUCGCUGUUUCGGCCUCUCUGACCGAAGAGGACAUUGAGCGUGCCUACAGUGUCAUCCGACAAGUGGCUGAAGCCGUGCUGGUUUGAUGAUGAAAAGGGGCAGAAGCUUUUUGUUGUUUGUUUGUUCUGUUUUUUUUUAAUUUUCUUCGUGGUUAUUGUGUCCCAGUUGCGCACGCAUCAGACUGGCCGGCUUCCAGUAACUGCUGCACCUCAUUGUCCAUGCUACUCGACCCAUGUGGGAGUCCAGCAAUGACGAACCCCAAGCACUUCUGGCGACGACAUUUUACAUGCAGGAUUCUGGGGCUUAAUGGCCGCCAGUCUGUCACGUGGACAUUGCGCAAGAUUCUGCUGUUUCGAGGGCAGUUGCAUGACUGCUCAUUUUUCUUUAGUCAGGCGGCCAGCCACAUAGUUUUUUGCGGGACCUCGUGGAGGUGCUUGUGGUAGUCCUAGAUCACGUUAUGUCAGCAGAGCUUCGCUGUAAGGCUGCGAUCAUGUGAGGUGAAGUGGUAGAGUACUCUUGCCUUGCAACUGCUGUGCUGUUGUGUUGUCAAAUCGACAAAUUGGAACAAAGAAUAGUAAUGUUCUCAAAACGUUCAGAAACCUUUCGUACUAUGCCAUUGCCACUAGGAAGCUUAAGCUUGCAAAAAAAGUGCAAGAUUAGACAUUAUCUAAUAUUGUCGUUGGAGUGCUGUAUUGUUGCAGUAGAUGGAUUGUUUUUCUUUCCUUUUGAUAUCUUGUUCAGAAACAUAGCCUCUAUAAAUCAAGUUUCGACAUCUUUGAUGUCCUGUGUGUAGCCAUCAUUGGGCAAGUGGCAUUCAAUUUGGGUCUCUGUUGGUACAACCAACAUGGCUGACGUUGCUUUUUCAGCACAAACAUGUGCCUGGUGUGCGGAGUGAUGCUACCGUUCCUCAGUUGCACUUUUUGUUGGGCCUUUAGCUCUGACAGCACCUUGAGGAUAAGCCAGUGCACCACGAUAUAUUUCACAUAGGAUGUUUCUUGUUAUCCCUUUGUACACAAGAAAUCCUGCGUUAGGCAGCCUGUGCAUUCUCUUUUCUUGUUGUUUUCUGUCCGAGAGAUCUCGCUUCCUGUCAACCUAAGUGCUUUCUGAUGGGGCAUUAUAGUUUUUGCAUCUCUGAAUAUGAGCGCGAAAAUGCAUGACCGCCUCAUGUCCAAUGCAAAAGGCAUCCACUUUAUAUAGACAGUUCUCAUUCUUUCGUGGCAAUUUCGAACGAUGGCUGAUUCAUUAGUGUCAGUGCCGGCGUUAUGGUUGAACCAGCACUGAAAUGGUUGGAGGGACAAGAGCUCGUGUUGGAGCUGGCCUCUAAUGUAAAUGUGACCUCAAACUUUAACCCUCAUAACGUGAAUGAGUCAUCGUCAGGUACUCUGUGCCUGAAGUAAUUAGUUAAUUUUUACCUCUGACGGGACUGCAGACCCAAGGACACAAAUCUUUGGGAAUACUUAGCGUGGCCAUUGUGAUCAUAACUGUGUAAAUCAUAUCGGCAUUUGCCAACUUAUGCGCAACACUCGUAACUUAAGCACAAGCAGAGCCAUCGCAAAAUGAGUGAUAAAAUUAUUGUUUUGUCAGGCCACCUAAGAUAGAUGUGCUUCUUACCACACUUGUAGCUGCUGUCACAACUCCGAACCGACCUCUAGAAAUUGUUCUAUGAAUGUCCCACGUUCCGCACAGCACGAUAGUAGCCAUCAGCCAGGGAUGGGCAAACUUGGCAUUGCUGCUGGCUUUUCGGAAGUUAAAUCCAGCGAGCAUAGAGAGAAUAUUAUCUGUUCAGUAACCAUGGAAAGAUUGUUGUGGUUCCAUAUGUUAUCAUCAUGUUAUGAUAGGUUCUCAUAGGUAGAUAGAAGCAGAUAUUGCAUAGUCAGGAGCUUUAGUUUUAGGUCAAGAAAAAAAAGUGUUGCUGGUUGCAACCUUAAUUGAUUCUUGUCGAUAUAGGCAUAAUGAAUAUUCAAUAUACAUAUUUUUGCAUCAAAUGCGACUUAAUUAAUACAAGGUGCUAUCACGAUGUAUUUAUAGUUUUUCAGCACCAUAACUCGCAGAAUAAAGAUUACAAAAAAAAGUAUUUGAGUCUAGGGCCCGACUUUCACCUUCAUAUGUGUUUUUUUGCUGUCGGUCUGUUUCAAUUUGCCUCCCAUUGAAUUUGCAGCCAAUUCAGAAUGCAGUUCAUUCUUGGAAGUCGUAGAUUUCAGUUUGUCCAGAGGUAGCCAGCUCUUCUUUGUUUCAGCUUGUUCUUGCAAUGAACCAAAUGCGAGUGAGUCUCUGUGAUGGCUUGUGCAAUUUAAUGCCUAAUUCUUCUUGCUUAUUUUGCUGACUUACUUGAGUAUUCAGGCACUGUGGUCCAUGUGUACUUGUUUUCUAUCAUUUCUUACUGCGCUCUAUCUUAUUUCUUUUGGGGAAACGUUUAUCAUUCAGUUCAUACAAGGAGUUCCAGGGAUGGGUGGUGCUUUACUCGACUAGAUUUUGCAUUCAUUUCUCAAACAUGUUUUGAUUUAGUCAGUGUGGGAACUGAGUGAAUGCAUGUAAUGAAGCGCCUACUGGCUGGAAGGCAAGCCCAUGUCAGUCAUUGUUUAGUGUAAAAGUACACUAUACUGUGUUUUGCAAAAACAUGGGGCAAGAUUGUAUGCUUUUCCAUAUGUGUGUGUGUGUGUGUGUGUGUGUGUGUGUGUGUGUGUGAGAGAGUCAGUGAGUGAGUAGGAACGAUGGUCCGAAUAUAAUGCAAUAUUUCAUUUUCUAUUUCUUUUUCACCCUUAAAAAAAUGGCGAGUUCGACUGUCGUACGACUGAGCUGUGCAGAGAAGGCGGCCUUGGUGCCGUGUGCUAAACGUGGACAGGGAUACAUAGAAGGGAGUGUACCUGCUAGGGAAGUCUUUGCUCAUCACAUUGUAAGCUAUGGAUGGAUUGAUGCAUCUCUGUAGUGGGUUAUGCUCUGUCAAAAUGUACGACGGCUUAUGGUUCACAUUGGAAUUCAUUGGAAUUGUAAUAUACAGUACUAUAUACCAGGUUAUGUUCUUAUUUAUUUAAUUUAUUUGUCAUUUACUGGACAAAUUUCACAGGCAGACAAUUCUAAUCCUUCAACUGAAUUACCUACUUGCCUACAUUACUUGCUCAAUAGGUAAAUUGAAAUGCACAAUUAACUAUACUUUACUGUUUGCUUUCGGCGCAUAUUGCAAUUUAUGAUUUGUAGCCGGUGAAUUUGCUUGGCAUAUCUGCUUGGAAUGAAUUCUGAGGAUAGCAGUGGCUUUGAGCUAUACAUUGUGAAAUUUUUAGUGAAAGUGCACUGCUGUUCCACUUGAUUUUUUUUCUACAAACGGCAUUUUAUGCAUUGAAGCACAAAAGUGAAACACCAAUGUAUUUUGUGGCACACUUUGGAAAUGAUUAUCUUGAAACGGGCCUCAUCCUCAACAUUCAUAUUUAGUGGAUACUUCUUGCAAGCUCACUGGAUACAAUUUUUAAAUUGCGAUAUUUGCCGCAAUGUAGUUAAAUGCUUUAUGAGGUUUUAUUGGUUAUUCAAUUAUGCAUUUCAAUUUCUCGUGCAGGUAAAUUUCACCCCUUGUGGAGUGAUCCAGCUCAAAGAGUAGAAUUAUGCUGUGUGCCACAUGCAAUAUUUGAAAAUAUUGUUCAGGUAAUAUGAAAAGAAAAGACACCCAUACAAUCUCUGGGUCAUCGAGUCUCUCCUCGCAUUAUUGUAGUUGUGUUUUAUCUGGGAAAGCAUGGUAAACAUUCAUAGCUAUGUAGUGAGGGGGUCCUGUAGUGUUUAACAUUGAUUUGUUUCACUUGUUUUUGAGCAUCACUGCCAGGCAUGUUGAUGCAUGUUAAUUGCAAGCACUGUUAAUAAUGGGCUUGACUUGAGCUUGUCUCAUUAGCAGCAGCAGCAGUAUUUUGCUUUGACCAAAAAUGUUUUACGGGUCCACAAUAAGGGAAGUAUGUGUACAUUGACUGAGGGGCACUGCAGUUUUAAAGGGACACUGUAGAUAAAAAUAUUAAUUGAGAUAUACUAGUAACUUAGCCUUCUGUAAUGCAAGAAAGUCACUCUUGCCGUGGAAAGAGGCUGUGUAACUCAGAAGAGAUGCAUAAACCGAAGACAAGUGGCACCACCGCUUUGAAGUUCCCGCACCAGCUUGCUGUGGCAUCCCGUAUUUUGACGGAAUCUGCUAGGGCCUAGUUAACUUUUUUUGUUGAUAGAGAUUCUCUAGAAUCUAAUCUAAAGUAGCAAAAGACUAGCAAGUUUUGAGAACUACCGAGUCACAACUACCCACAUACAAAAAAUUACUUCAUGGCGUCACACCAUUGUACUGGCAUAUGAGUCGUGGCAUGAAAGUCUAAAGAUUUAACUAUGAACUUCUUAGUAAUGAAUCUAUUACAGCCAAACGAGCUAAAAUAAGAUGUUUGAAAGAAUACUUUAUCAGUCAAGGAAUUUAGUUUCUCUUUAGUGCGCCUUUAAACUUAUUGACUUCACAGUCUAGUGUCGGCUACAAAGUGCUUUUACGUGAAAUGCAUUGGCUUUGGGAAACGUCGCAGCUUUUAAAAGACGUGGUCCCAUGUUCUCGACACUUCUCUUUUGUAAAAGCCAUCCGCUAUUGGCCUCUUCGGCAGGGAUCAUCUUACUAUAAUGCAAAUCAUUACCAUAAGUGGUGGUUACCUGAACGUUGCACAGUCGGAAAAGAAUGCUUUUGUGCUGUAGAAAUAUUGCAAAUAUGGACCCCCCCCCCCCCUUUUUUUUUUCGCACUGUCAAAUAUUGCAUGGCAAAGUGUGUCCCCGCAACAAAGAAACUGUGCUUGUAUUAUUAUUAAAGAAAAAAAAACGAAACGUCUUACUAUUUUUAAUUUCAGGCCUAAACUUCAGCACUCGUGACACCAGGGUUCAUAACGAAUUUUACCUUCAUUUUUAUUUGUUUGUGGGCAAUGUUGUUGUGCAGGUAGAAGCUCACAAGAGGCUGGGUUUUCACUUAUCGAAUUAAGUACAAUCUGUUUCAUUUUUGUUAACUAACAACCAUCCUCAGCCAGAUGGCAAUGUGUGAGAAUUUCAAGGUGGCCAUUUCCAUAUCUUUUUUGCUUGGAGUGAGGCCAACCUACUUGCAAUUAUAACAGUGGACGAUACUAAUCUAGAUUGAGGUAAGAUAUCUCCUUGGUGCAAGUAAGCAGAGCGGUUGUGAACAUCCCACUUGCAUCUUGAAUGACGCCUGCAAGAUGUGUAUGCUGUCACUUUAUUGUAGAUUUGCCAUAGGCAAGCAAAGUAGUGUUGGGCACAUUGCAAGAUAAGCAUGAAGCACCUUUUAAGACAUUGUAGUGCUGUUUGAUUUCUCGCAUUGAAAGGUUUCUUUGUGGGCUAGCAGUGUUAAUUGUGUUGUAAACAGGAAGAAUUAUAGUACAGUUGUGCCUAUUUAUGUUUUUUUUAUUAUUUUUCAGCAUUUCGGUUAUCUAACACGCCGUUCUAAUUCAUGGUGGUCACAUUUCAUUGUACAAAAAAAUAUAUAAUGUCAGACUGGAAUAACUUCUAUCAAAGAAGUGGUCAAGAAGUGGUUGUCCCAUUAAAAGCAGGCUAUGUUUUGUUUGUGUCCUUUUUCUUGCUUUUUCUUUUCUGAAAGUGUUAACUGGUUGUCUUUGAGACAAAGAGUUCAGAUUGAACAUGUGAAAGUUUUACAGCUACUAGACAAAACUUGCUUGUCCUUGUUGAAGGCAUUUGGGAGUGGAUGUUUCUAUUUGUUGUUGGUCACAUUCUCAGCAGGUUGGCUGAUUUACCAGACUUCGCUUGACUACCUGGACUUAGUUCUGCACGAAAGUUGUUGAAUGGGAGUCUGCUCUGCAAUGCUGGCUUAUACUGAUGUGUAUUCACAUGUGCUGCACAUGUUUGAGUAAAACAUUUUCUUUUAGCUACAUUAACUGAAGAAUUGUGCUGUUUAUGCAACAUCGUUACCAAGGCCUCUUGCAUGGUUGAGUUGCUUGUAUGUGGGAUCAUUUCUGGCACAUUUGUCCAAAAAUGUUUGCACUUGUAUAAGUCUCAAGUGCGUAUCAUCAAGGGACCACACUUUAUUUUUAUAUCUUUGAUAAAACUUUCUUUCGUGAUUGUGUGCAAAGUUGUUUGCUUCCAAAACUCAAGAUCUAAGGGUGUUCUGCUUUGUGCGCUGUAAUGCCAUAUAUAUAUAUAUUAUGUAGAAAUAACACCGAAUUGUUCAUUGUGCAAGAUCACAGGACAAGAUGUUCUCUUCUUCAACAUUGAUUUGGUCAUGUGACAUUAGGAUUACUUUUGCAAACAGGGCCGGGAUUUUGUAGCGUUGCCUUUCCUGUAAUAAUGCCUUUUCGCGCUUAUCGCGCUUUGCCAGUGGUUGGAGCGACGAUCCGCUCGCAUUAUCAACGGGAUCAGGCGGCCAUGAGCGGUGGAUGAUAAGACUAGAGUAGAAUAAGUCUUAAGGCAUCGCUACAGAAUCGCAGCCCAGGGUUGUUUACUUAUAGUGUUGAAAGCUUCACAGUUUGUGUUACUGCUGGAGCUUUAUACAAUUUUUUUUAGAGUAAAGUCAGUAAUAUUUGCAGUGUGAUUUAUUGUGUGCGUGCAUAUUUUAUAUUGAGUUGGUCAGUUUGACUAGGAAUGUGAAAUGUCUUUCUUACUCCCAGAUCAAGCCUAUUUGUAUUUGUGCCUACACAGGGGCCUUGAAACACUAUUUGAGCAUGGUAAAUGAAGCUGUUUAUUUCCUGGA